GGUCAUAUUCCCAGUGAUUGCCCUCGCCAUCAUGAACUAUCGGAUCCGACAAGUCAUCGUCAAGCGAGCGGAAGCUCGAGCGGCUUUAGCUCAGCGGAUUGCCAAGGCCCAAAAUCAGGGGAUUGGGUUGAACAAAACCAUUCGAGGACCUCCCCCAGAGCCCACCAUAGGCUCAAUAUUACUCUUGAUCGUGGUGUUCUUUGUGAUUUCUCAAUCCUUUAAGCUCAUUUUGACGUCUGCUGAAUUCAUUCAUUGGGCACUUUACGGAACGUUAACCGAUUACACCACGUUCAAAGAGAGUCUCAUCAUAUUGAACCACACUUGCAUCGUUCUAAAUGCUUCUGUCAAUAUCGUCUUCUACAUUUGGAAGGACAAGGGUUUCCGUGCUGCUUUUAUCGAGCUCUUCCCGUCCACCAGGAGACUACUUCCAUGUUUCAGGGAUGCUGUGUCCUCCACAGAAACUCCAACAAGCAGUACAGCCAAACAGACGCCACUUGCUUCCAAUGGAACUACCUCCAGGGCAUCCAAAACUGGGGCCCGUUCAUUGUUGAUCCCGAAACGCGACGUGGUGAUCACUGUGAAUAAUGAAGACCAAUUGAUCGCGGUCGAGCAAAUUUCCCUCCCGGAUUUAUUGCACCAAUGCUAAGGCGGUCCACACCGAAAAUGACAUCUCGAAUUCUAGACGGAUUGAUCCUAUUUUCGUAAACAUAGUUGGCGGAACACUCACUCAUCACUUAAUUGUCAAAUGUCACAUAUUUUUAGACUUGUAGGUGAAUGAAUGAUCACCCCUAGAACAUAUAUUGAAUUCGUGUCAUAGAUGGAUUGGUUGAAUGAAUAGAAACGAAACAUCAGACUUCAA